CGUAGUUCAAAACGAUCGUAAGCGUAGUUCCAACGGUGGUAGAAAAAACAAUCAGCUGUUGGAGAUGUUUUCAAAGAAAAAAAUACAAUAAAUCCUUUUUAAAAAAUGGAAGAAGUAGACAAUAUCAUUAUAGACGCCUUACGAAAUCUGUCUUGUAAUAUCGAUGAAAAUGUCAAAAGUCUGAAAGAGUUCACCACCGAAAUGGUGUUUUCAUCGAUGUCGCACUGUCUCGAAACAAUCUUACCUGAUAUCAGCUUGCCAGGUAGCCUUCCGCAGUCGAUGAGUCUACGUCUAAAGCAUGCCACAGCGAUAGCGGAGCACAUUAAGGGCUUGGGAUACAGAGGUGAUAUGGGGUAUCAGACGAUUUUGUACUGCAACGAGAUUGAAGUACGUAGAGUACUCAUGUUUUUGGUGGAAAGACUUCCACGUGAGACACACAAAACUGUCACAGACGAGCUUGGAUACGUGCCACGGCUCGUGAAAAAGAUCGAAGAAACCAUUCGUCUGAACCUUGAAAAGCCAUGGGUACCAUGUGAUCUGUUGAGGCAGGGAGUGCGCGAUUGUGGAAGUGUCGACCUAAAGCUAGAUUUUGGACACAGCCCAAGGUUGCUAAGCGAAAGAAUUCAAGUGCCAAACUUACAGGACGAACCAGUUACAGAAGCAUUAAAGCAUUACUGGAUUCAUCAUCUUCCGGACGUUUCGCGCCAAUGUGCCCCACACAAUUUAAUUCCCAGUCUUCUCUACAACGAUAGCAAGUUUGUAGGCACAGUUGAUUUUAUCAAAUCGCCUGAGAACAAGGAGACAAGUUUAAAUGUGGUGGAUGGCGUUGAAGAGGUUCCAAAUGCAAUUGUAGCACCUUUAGUUGUAAAUGAAGUUGUUGGACACGGGGAGGAGGACCAUUUUAGGGAUUUACAUAAUGAACUCGAAGAUUAUAAACGCAAACACGAAGGGUUGGUGAAAGUUUAUAAUGAUUUGGAGCAAGAGUCUAAUAAGACUAAGGAAAUGCGUAACAAAAAAGAGCAAGUAUUGAAAGAAUCGGUUGCGAAAAUAAAAACCAGAUCAAAAACAAUGGCGGUAUUAAAAAAUGACGAUAAUCUAAUCAAACUAAAGAGUCUGGUAGAGAAUGGUAACAAACGGUUAGUCGAACUGGCCAACCAUUGGAACGAUAUACAGACGCCAUUAUUAAAGGAAUAUGAACAACUGCAGCAACAAAUGAAUACGCAAAAGGCUAAACUUCUCGGUGAAGAACAAAAACUGCAGAAUGUGAAAACAAAAAAGGCAGAGUUGUUGAAGGAGUUGGCGGAUAAGGAGAAGCUGGAACGACAGUUACUGCAAGAGUGCGAAACGCUCCACAAGAACACGAAUCGGUCGGCCUAUACCAGAAGAAUUUUGGAAAUAAUCGGAAAUAUCAAGAAGCAAAAUGAUGACAUAGACAAAAUUUUGUAUGACACUAAAAUCGUACAGAAAGACAUCAAUAACCUAAACGGACAGUUAGAUCGUUCAUUUACGCUGUCAGACGAGCUAAUAUUUAGAGAUGCAAAGCGCGAUGAAAUGUCACGUAAAGCCUACAAACUGCUGGCAACGUUACACGGCGACUGUGGGGAGGUGGUGCAGGCCGUGACCAAUCUGGGUUUGGUCGAGCGCGAGUGUAGAAACUUGCAAGAGCAAAUUGACGCUGAGCUGCUUAGGGAAACUGGUAGCAAGCUCGAGCGGUUAAAUGCGGAUAUCGCAGCAAUUAAGAAAGAGAAUGCCGAAUUGGAAAAUAAAGAACAUUAAACUAUUA